AGUGGGAGAAGCGAAACCUGUCUCGUGAAGCAGCAGGUGAAGAGAGAGAAAGGAAAAUUGAAACCUCUCUCUCUUCUCUCUUCUCGUCGCUUUCUCUCUCUAGAUUCACAUUCAUUCUUUGCUUCCUCCUUUUAUAUCACGAGAUCCCCAUAACUUCCUCUUUCGUUCUUUCUUUCUUUCUCUCCCUCUCCUCUUCUAUGUCUUCUACAAAGCUUCGCUCGCAAUGUCUCAGUCCUCCCUAUUCUUCCUAUACUUGUUAUGUUGCUGUUCUCCAAUUUGUAGACACUAUUGACGGUGCUAAUAAGGAAAAUUGAACGAGAAUUUGUGGUACAUUGAGUGGAGGGGUCUAGUGGGGGUGGAAAUUUGAGAGGGAAUUUUUUUGGGGUGUUUGGUUACUGAGAAAAUGUCGCAUUCCGGGAAACCCAUUUCGGAUUUGAGGUUGGAUACACUGUCCGAUCAGCUUCGGGACUCAUUGAGUUGUUUCGAGGAGGCUAACAAGCCCGAUUUCCGCGAGCUCGAUCUGGGUUCCCCUGUAUCGCCUCUUCGUACGCGUGGACUUUCUACCACUACCACCGCCACUAGCAGUAGCUCCAGUUCGUCCGGAUCCGUAUCCGGGAGAAAUGGGCAUGAUAUGGUUCCGAGAAGAUCCGACAAUAAUAACUCCUCUGAGCUCUCUGCGUCAAGCGAGUCCAGUCCUACCACCGCAUCCCGGAAUCCCAAACCGGGUCACUCCAGAUCCGACUCUAGCUCUAGUACAGCAACUGCCACAACCCACCCUUUGAUUUAUUCGGGUCAAAGCUCUAUGAACUCACCGGCAGCUAAUGUUCUACCAACCGGCAAUAUCUGCCCUUCUGGGAGGAUCCUGAAAACGGGUAUGAAUCCCAUUCGGAGCUCCAAAAGUGAUGUAUUAGGGUCUGGGGGCGGUAACUAUGGCCAUGGCAGCAUAAUGCGAGGCACAAGUACAAGCAAAGCAUAUGGUAGCGCAGAGACAGUGAAUGCUGGCACUGCGAGGGCAGGAAGUGGUGGGGAUGCCAUGAGGAGAGUAAUGUACAGUGCUGAUCCGGAGGAAGUGAAGAGAGCAGGGAAUGAGAUGUACAAAAAGGGGCAUUUAAUCGAGGCACUUGGACUGUACGAUAGAGCAAUUGCAUUGGCACCGGGAAAUGCUGCCUACCGGAGCAAUCGGGCUGCAGCUCUCAUAGGACUGGGGCGGGUGGCUGAAGCUGUGAGGGAGUGUGAGGAGGCAAUUAGGUUGGAUCCCAAUUACUGGAGGGCUCAUCAGAGGUUGGGCUCAUUGCUUAUCAGGUUAGGACAUGUUGAUAAUGCCAGGAGGCGCCUUUGUUUCGCCGGUCAGCAGCCUGACCUUGCUGAGAUGCAAAAGUUGCAAGCCAUGGAGAAGCACCUAAUCAAAUGUACUGAUGCCCGGAAGUUUGGUGAUUGGAAAACUGUAUUAAGGGAAGGUGAUGCUGCCAUUACUGCAGGAGCUGAUAUUUGUCAUCAGCUAUUUAUGUGUAGAGCUGAAGCACUCCUGAAGCUCCAUCAACUUGAAGAUGCUGAAUCAAGCCUGUUAAAUAUUCCAAAAAUGGAACUCUAUAUCAACUCCUGCUCACAGACUCGCUUUUUUGGGAUGCUUUCUGAAGCUUACCCUUACUUUGUGAGAGCCCAGAUUGAGAUGGCAUUGGGCAGGUUUGAUAAUGCAGUUGCGGCUGUUGAGAAAGCUGGGCACGUUGAUCCAAGAAAUAUUGAAGUAGCAAUGCUUCUUAACAACGUCAGGCUGGUGGCUAGAUAUCGUGCACGUGGUAAUGAUCUCUUUAAGUCGGAUAGGUUCACUGAAGCCUGCUCAGCAUAUGGUGAAGGUAUCAGGCUUGAUCCUUCAAACUCUGUUCUCUAUUGCAAUAGAGCUGCUUGUUCAUUUAAACUUGGUCUUUGGGAGCAAUCAAUUGAGGACUGCAACCAAGCUUUAUGUAUCCAACCUAAUUAUAAGAAAGCUCUUCUUCGAAGAGCUGCCUCAAACAGCAAGCUAGAGAGGUGGGCUGAUGCUGUGAGAGAUUAUGAAGCUCUGAGGAGGGAACUUCCUGAUGACAAUGGAAUUGCGGAGUCUCUAUUUCAUGCCCAAGUUGCAUUGAAGAAAUCUCGAGGAGAAGAUGUUUAUAAUAUGAAAUUUGGUGGAGAAGUGGAAGAAGUUGCUGUUAUUGAGCAGUUCAGAGCUGCAAUAUCCAUACCAGGAGUCUGUGUUGUCCAUUUUAAAGCAGCAUCUAACUUGCAUUGCAAGCAAAUAUCUCCAUUUGUUGACACUUUAUGUGGGCGCUAUCCUUCCAUAACUUUUCUCAAGGUGGAUAUUGAGGAGAGCCCAGCAAUUGCAAAUGCAGAGAACGUGAGAAUUGUACCAACAUUUAAGAUAUACAAAAAUGGUAGCCGGGUGAAGGAAAUUGUUUGUCCAAGUCGCGAGGUGUUGGAAUACUCGGUGAGGCAUUAUAGCCUUUAGAGCUCAUAAAACUGUAUUCUUACAUUUUUAAUCUUGCCUUGUCGAACCUCGAGUCUCAUAAGAGGAAUCUUCCACUGCCAUCCUUCCCCACCAUACCACGAUUACCAGAUAUCUGUGACAUAAGUCAGAGCGACAUAAUAACCUCACUAGCCAGCCAAGUAUGCCUGUGGAACCACACAGAAAAUAGCUUAGUUCGUUUUUGCCGGUUUCAUUUAUUCAUUCAUUCCUCAUUGCUCUGUGGUUCCAUGCUCUCUUCCUCCCAUCUCCUCCUGUUAAUUAUCCCCCAUUUCUUUCUUGUUUGUACGAUUACCUGAUUCUUGUAUCCCUACUUUCAUAGUUUCAUGAUGAGCACAAAAAACAACAAAAGAGAGAGAAUAUGUAGUAUGUACAAUUUCAUUAAAUUGCUUCUCUAGUCAAUGAGAGAGAGAGAAGGGGGGGGGGGGGGGGGGGGACUGGCAGGCUGGUUAGUAGAAGAGAGGACCUUGUACAUGUAUAUAUAUGUGAUGAUAUAUACAGAAAGAACACUGGAAGCCAUGAGGGAGAGAUUAGAUGUCUGGUGGUGGGUACUUUUUACUAGGUUUAGUGAAAGAAGGAUGAAUACUAUUUAUUGUUGUUUCUUUUACCAUUUCAUCAAUAAAAAAAUUCCCCAUUCCAAUCCCCCCCCAUUCACAACCCAUA